AUGCCCCUCCUCACUGACCUGGCGAAGUCCAUCGAGAUCCCGGAUGGCUUGAAAUUUUCCCCAUUUCAGCACCUAUACCGAGGUUUGCUCAAGAUUGCUAUCCAGAAGCUGCCCGAUCCACCAAUAUUGAGUCCAACCCAGAAUUGGUCACGGCAAACGUACCGCUGUCCCCAAAAAUGCGUUCAUUGUGCAUAUCUGAAUGCUUUCUUGUCCAGUCCGAUCAGGGUCACAGACGAGUUCGCCUACAAAGCCGACACUAGAUCUCAUAUGAAGAAGCAGAUCCGAUUUGAAGUCGCACAAGGAAGUCUUACAACUUCCACCAACCGUAAUCAUCCUGCUCCUCAUGGCCUGAUUGUUACCAAAGUCGACGUGAAAUACAAAGAUAGGCUCAAGGUUCGGAACGAACAGUGUUGGAAAUUAAAGUCCGUCAUGAAUGAUAUUGGCGAAGGUCCUUUGAGGACCUUGUUGGGCGAAGACUAUUACAACAGUCCUGAGUUAAGAUCUUUGAGAGAUUGGUUGCCAGGUCGUCUUUCGAGGACAGUCCCUGCGUCGAGCACCCAGACCAUCGACCUAACUUCCACCCCACCACAACCGGCAUGCAUGACUGUGCCUUCAGGACUGUCUCGCCACAAGAGACCAUUAUCUCUUGAAGACAUUUCUUUCCAGGGAGCAAUGUCUCAGGAACUACAUAAGCAUCAGCGGCUUUAG